AUGAUGUUUCAGCUUUGCAUUGAAGUGAGACUCCUCCUCGACUCGACUAGGCAACGACCGAACAAGUUUUGGUUUCCUUUUGUGGGGAUAAAGAGAGAGAGAGAGAUCACUUUGGCCGCUCUUUCAACACAAGUCUUCGAAGAGAGAACACAACCUCAACACACAAGGACGAAAAAGGCCGACAUAAAAAACAAGCUGCCUCUCUCUCUCUCUCUCUCUGAAUCCUCUCCUUCUCGCUCGCGAUCUCCUUCUCCGCCUUCCCGCGACGCUCCUUACCGUCUCCGAUCGAAAGCCGAGAAUCAAGGAGCUUCAGGGAGCCGUAACACUAGGAGCCGUCAACAAGCUGGGAACAUCCGUACCUUCGCCGAUCUGAAUCGUUCCCCUGCUGACGGCGCGGAUAUUGAUUCUGAUGAAGGGCAAGAGUACUACACUGGUGGACAGAGGAGUGGGAUGAUGGUUCAAGAUCCUAAGAAACCAAAAGAUGUUGAUGCACUCUUGGAGCAAGCUAGGCUGUCAGCUGUGGACAGACCUGUUGAGCCAUCAAGAUCAGCUUCUACAAGCUUCACUGGAGCUUCUAGGAUGUUGUCUGGUGAACCUGUUCCCUCUGCUCCUCAGCAGCAGCUACAAGAGCAGCCUCAAUUGGUUAUGCACACCAUCGCUUUCUGGAGCAACGGUUUCACCGUUAAUGAUGGUCCUUUAAGGAUGUUCGAGGACCCUGAAAACGCCUUUAUGGAGGUUAUGCGAAUUUACAAGCAUGUUAAAGGGAUUUAUGUCAAGAUGCCUGAGAUAGCUCCAUACCCUUUCCGACCCAAGUGCAACCUUACUGACCUUGCAGAGAAGUUUUGGUGCGAAGACGAGCUUAGACGAGAAGGCUUUGGUUUGCCGACCAGAUCAAAGCCGGAGGAAGAGGAGGCAAUCCCCUGCGCCGUUCAAAAGGUUACCUUCUGUGGUCAGUACGUUGGUUCAUUUCCAAGCUGA